AUGACGGAUAAUUUUGAUAUAGAAAAAUUUGGACUUAGUUUUGAAAAAUUAAACAAUCAAUUGGCAAAUUUAUUGGAGAAAAAUAAGAGACUCAAACAACAAAAUUUAGAACUUCAAGAAGAAAGGAUAGAGACCUUACGUAUUAAUUCGGAAUUAAUAAAAGAUCUUCGGGAAAGCAAUGACCAAUCUGAAAAAUUUCAAAAACAAGUUGUAGAGCUUUUAUCAGAUAGUAAACUGCUUUUUCAAGAAAAUAAAAAUCUUCAAGAAAGAAAUCGAGAAAUCUCACAUAAUAAUCUAGUCUUAAAAAAAGAACUCCAAGAAAGAAAUGAGCAAAUGAACAAGCUUCAACAACAAGUUCUAAAUUUGGAUAAACAAAAAAAUGAAAUGCAACAACUUGAAAAAAUUUCUCGAAAUUUAGAAAAAACUCUAGAAAUGUUGGAAUUUGAUGAAACUAAUGAGAAUGAUGAAAAAACCAUUCCUUUAAAUGAUGAUAUCAUUCAACCUGCUGACAAAUUUAUCAAAGUUCCUGAUACUACCUCUGAUUCUUUCGACCACG